GAGAGAGAGAGAGAGAGGUGCAGCUCGUCACCAACAGGUGUAGUCGACACAGGUAACUGCGCCUUCUCUUUUUUCUCCUAAUGGCGCGUGCCUGACAAACCAACAGGUAGCCGAACUGAACGGAUUUAUUUAUUCUCCCACGAGGACUGAGGUGAAGCCAGCGCGCGUCUGUUCAUAAUUCCAUCACAUCUCCUUUUAACGAGACCUUCGAAAGGAUCGGCUCCUGACAAACGCAGAGGGGGCGCCGCCGCCGAGGAUGACCGGGACGCACGAGGCACGAGUCCGCCCCGGUGCUCCGCGCGCGCCCGCCGUUUAGGACCCCCGUCUCCUGGACCUUUGGCGCGGAAGGCGUCCCAGCGCGUGCUGAGCUGACGGACGGCGACAAUCGGGGAGGAUGACACUCCUGCUGAACGCGGCGUGUCUGUGUGUCUGUGUCCUCCUGGUCUUCGCUGCAGCGGCGCCGGGGAUCUUCGUGGGCCGGCCCCUGAACGGCACCCUCCAGUCCCUGGCGGAGAAGGAGACCGUGCUGCCCUGCCGCUACCAGCCCGGCGAGGGCAACCUGAUAGUGCAGGUCACGUGGUUCAAGGCCUCAGAAAUGAUCAUCACCGCAACCAAUGAUGCAACCAAUCAACAUAGCAGCGGGCAGACAGCAACGUUCGGGACGUGGGCGUCGCGCGUGCGCUUCCACAGCAGCAAACCCACCGAGGACUCGUCCCUGGUGCUCCUGAGCACGGAGGUGUCCGACGAGGGGCUGUACACCUGCCGAGUCAGCACCUACCCCACGGGCAACUUCGAAGACCAGAUGUCGCUCGUCGUGUGGACGGUUCCCAUCUCCUCCCUGGACUCUGUGGUUUUGGAGGAGGGGCAGAGCUACCAGACGGUGGCCACGUGCCGCUCCAUCGCCCGCCCCCCUCCCCGCCUCACCUGGGACACGGAGCUGAACGGCCAGGUCACGGAGCGCUCCUUCGACACGGGCGCCGUCUCCUCCUACUACGCCCUGCACCCCCUGGGGAGCCAGAACGGCAAGAGGCUGGACUGCCUGGUGUGGCACCCCAGCCUGUCGAGCCCCCGCAGAUACACCAACACCCUGGUGGUGCAUUUCCCUCCGCCGCACGCAGCAGUGAGCGGCUACGACGGAAACUGGUACGUGGGUUUGGAGAACGCCGCCCUGAGGUGCGUGGCUGGAGGAAACCCCAAACCACAGAACUUCACCUGGACCAGGGCGGGCGGCAAAUUGCCAGAAGGCGUGAUCCCCCACCCUAACGGAACUCUGCUGUUUGGACGACCCCUGAGUCUAUCCGACAACGGCAUCUACCAGUGCGUGGCGAAGAACAAAAUGGGAACAGCCACAGCGGAGGUGGAGGUUUUCGUGAAAGUGGUGGAUCCAUUGCUCCUGAUCAUCUGUGGUGCCGCCGGGGGGCUGCUGAUCCUGAUGCUCAUCGCCAUCGUCGUCGUCACCCGCCACCACAAACGCAAGAACAAGAGGCUGGAGCGGGAGCUGAACGAGAAGAGGGAGGAAAUCAGCACUCUCUCCAGACAAGCGUCUUUCAGGAGGGUGAACUCUGUCAGCACCGACGCCAGGGGAACGGCGGAUGAAAACAUGCCUCUGAAGAUGGAGGGAACCAUGCGGACCAGCACCUCCACCCUCGGGGAGCAGGCGAACUGCCGCGACAGCAGAUCCACCAUCUCAGGUGGACGGACAUAUGACUACCUGGGCCGACCGGCCGUCCACACCCAGUCAAGGAGGGGAAGAGACCGAGUAAUAGACAGAGAUGACGACAACAAACUCCGAGUGGAGACUUUCGUGAGAGACACUACCCUCAGUCUGGACAACUGCUUCCACCCUCCCCUCGUGCCAUCGAUGUACCCCAUGAAACAUUCCACUGAAUACGUGAGGCAUCUGAACGGCAGCUCCGUUAUCCCAGCCGACGGGACCUCGCGACAGGGCAGCAUCACCAGGAACCACCCGCACCACCAUCCCCUGAGCUGCACCUACCCGCCGGCGACGGACGACGAGGACGAGGUGGACGAGGGCCUGGGGGGUCCCGCCAGUCAGGAGCAUCCGGACGACCAAGACAGCGAGACCAACAACUCCCACGUGUCGGAAGCCCACAGUGCAAUUUACCAGCAGACUAAUGGCUCGCUGAGGGCCAAAUCCCGGCUGAGCCCCAUUCCUUUUAGUCCCCAUGCCACCCUGAUCCACAAGGCCCAGAUAGUUUAGCAGGCAGCGUGGGGAAAGCCAGGAAACCACGCGAGAGACAAACUCAGGUGUCGGAGUUUGGAAGUGCCAGAAUAUCCGCUGGUGGUUUGUGGGAAAAUACGCACUGUGACUCAGGGCUGCAUCUUUAGUGUGUGUGAACACAGUGCAAUAGAACAAGGAACAAUCUUCUGAGACAUCCACUGUACAUGCCCCGAUUCCUCGUGUCUGUCUGUUUCUUUGCGAUCAACAGUGAGCUGUGCCAGAUUCUCCGGCACAAACGCGGUAUUGCAAUAUUUCCAGCGCAGCUACUGCAGCGUCAGUAGCAGACAGUAGUGCUGUUCUUUUGCAACAGCUGAAUGCAGAUGACAAACAGUCUGCGGGGCGAUGUUGAAAACAGUCAAGGACACGUACAGUAGGAAACCAGGAAGUGCACAAGACGCCGGUGAGAACGGUGGUACAUCUGGCGAGUUGCGACACUUCGGUACCGAGGGUGGAUUUUUACUGUGUACCUUACACAACAGGCAUUGGGAUCUGAUCCAAACCAGGGGGUUGUUAGUCUCUUGCCACACCUGCAUACUUUCAUAUUGUCCUACUGUCGUCGUGCCUUUGCCUUGAGCACUGACAGCACUUAGAUUCACAUUUGCAUGCAAACAAAUGUACAUAAUCAGUUCAAAGAGCUGAAACACGUUUUAUAUUUUAGGCAUACACACAUUCUGCUUUAAUGUAAGCACUAACCAUCCACUAACCGCAAGUUGUAUUGUGUACUUUUACCUUUUAUUUGGUUUCUUUUUCAUAUUUUAUUUUGUCUGUUACAGCCCAAUAGAAACCUAUGUGCCAAUAUAUAACAUUUGACUUUUUUGGCAAAUAUGAAGUAUUGUUUUUUUCUGUAUGGUAUUAUUUCAUGUUACCGUGUGUAACAAGCAAACUGUUUGAGCUAUUGGGUGAGAAAUGUGCUGGAACAGUUUUCCAGUGGUGGGAAAAUCAGUGGUUGGAGCAGCACAUGAACAGUGGUAUUUUCAUGUUGCACACAGUGCCCCCUGAUGUGUACGUCUGCAACCUGCAGGGAACUGAAUGAGCCAAACACCAGUGAACUAUGGGCAACUCCUCAUUCUGCCAUAUGUGAUUUUUAAAAAGAAUCUACGUGGUCAACGACCUGGAUCCUCAUUUUCUUUAAGGCUGUAUAUGGGUAUAUCUUGUACUGAUGGGUCAACAAAAAAUGUACUUGGUUUUUCUAAAUGUUCUGAGAAACAAGUUUUUUUUUUACUUUUAACUUGAA